AUGACCUCAUUCUUCCUGAAUGCCGGACAAGAAAGAGCUUGGGACCCACUGAGUGCGCUAGACCGGCCGGAGGACGGAUACAGGGCCCGGAGACUGGCAGAAAUUGCCCGCAAGAGAAGCUUUAGGCGGCCGAAGGCCUCCGCCAUAGCAGGACUUGGGAAGCACCGCCCCCAGCGCACCUCCCCACACCCGGCUAACCAGCGAACCUCUGCUUUCGACACCCUCUAUCCCCAGCAGAGGCAGCGAAGACAAGGCCGGGAGGCACCCGGCUGGGCUGCGCACCAGGCCCAGGCCAGCCCCUCGGGACCGCGCGGGCCGCCCGAAUCCGCUCCCCCGUCGGGCCCGAAUCUGCUCGGCCGUGAGCACCUCGUAGCGGUAAUCCUCCUCCUGCUCGUGCCCCGGCCCGCCGCCGCCACCACCACCGCCGCCGCCGCCGCCACCGCCGGGCCCCAGAGCGCUGCCGCCGCCACCGCCCGUCUCCCCGCACAGCAGUCCGUCCCGCUCCCCGCCGACGCCCAACCCGGGCUCCACCAGCUCCACCUCGCCCAGAUCCAGGUUAUCGUCGUCCGGCUCGUCGUCUUCUUCGUCCUCCUCCUCCUCGGCGCCGCUGUCCUCCUCACUGCACUCCUCGUCCUCGUCGAACUCGUAGUUGUAGCCCUCGUCCGAGUCCAUGGCGCGACGCGCGGACGCCCGGCGGACGCUGGCCGAGGCGGGGAGAGGGCGGGGACGCCGAGGCCCCGGCUCUCGCUCCGGCUCCGGCUAAUGUCCGGACGCAGGCCUGGCUCCGGCCCUGCGGGCCGCGGCUCCUCUCCAGGAGCGGCGGCUGGCGGCUGGUGGCGGCAGGGAGGGCGCGGAGGAGGGAGGGAGGGAGCGAGGGGGCCGCUUGCUGCCCGCCUCAGUCAGUCGUGGCUCCGCUCCGGCCUCCGAGAGAAAACAGUCCCCAGCGCCACCUCCACGGCCGCUGCUAUCGCUACUGAGCCAACAAAGGGGCGUGCGUCACCGCGUCGCGCUGCGCCGUCGCGUCACUCUUUUUUGCGUCACUGCGCCCCGCCCCGCCGCCCCUGCGUGGAGCGCGAGGAGACCCCACGGUCCGGCCUCCCUGGGCCUUGGACCGGAGCAGAGCUGCGCGGGAAUUGCCUUCCCGAUUUUAUAGAGCUGGCCAGGUGUGGUGGCUCAUGCCUGUAAUCCCAGCACUGGGAAGCCAAGGUGAGUGGAUCACCUGAGGUCAGGAAUUCGAGACCAGCCUGACCAACAUGGAGAAACCCCGACCAGCCUGACCAACAUGGAGAAACCCCGACCAGCCUGACCAACAUGGAGAAACCCCGACCAGCCUGAUCAACAUGGAGAAACCCCGUCUCUACUAAAGACAUACAACAUUAGCUGGAGACACUCUACAGCAAGAAGAUUCAAUGACUUUUAAUACAUUUACAGAGUUGUACAGCUAUCACAUUCCAGUUAAAAUGAUCCUUCUUUUCUUGCUUACCUAUAUUCUGCUUCCAUGCUAGGUAUGUAUAACUGGUCAUUUUAAAAGUUAAAUUCCCCCUUCUCCAAAAAAGUACUGACUUCUCCAAAAAAGAAAAAAAAAAGAGGCAAAAUAUAAAAUG